AUGAACAUGAAAAAUGCAAAAACGAUGAAACUUCCAACUGUAUUCUUAACUUAGCCCAAACAAAUCAAAGAAAGAUUAGAAAAAGCAAGGAAGCUGCGGCUACAAACAAAAGGCUGCUUACAAAACUCUCUAGAAAAAGACUCCACAAAUAAGUCAACUAUAUCAAUUACAUUAAGCAUUGAUAACCCAGCUGAAAUAUCAAUCGAAUCUACCCCAAAACACACAAAAGAUUCCUCAUUUUUCAAACUGGUUCUAAAAAGACUUUGUAAAUGGGAUUGCUUCUCAAACACAGUCCAAAAUGUAAGAUCUGACUUCAAGGCCAGAUUUUAG